AACAUUUGUUAUUGAUCCUACAUGUUGUUCUACAGUUUUACAAAUUCUUAGAAAAGCAAAUCGUGAAAUAAAACUCUGGUGCAUUCCACUAGUAUUAUAAUUAUUUAAAUUAUAAUAACAUCGUGCAAACAGAAUGUUUAUCCAACUGGUACUAUUCAGUUUAGCCGUGUGUAUUGGUGAGGCAUCGUAUCCCAGGCAGGUUGUAAAAGCAUUACGAAGUAACAACGGUGGUGUAUGGGGUGAUUGGCACGAACCAAGAUUUUGUCCUUCUGGUCAAUAUGCUGUAGGUUACAGCUUAAGGAUUGAAGGGAAGCAAGGAAGUCGAGGAGAUGAUACCUCGCUGAAUGGUAUAAAACUGCUCUGUGGUACAAAAAAAAGACGAUCAAAUAAUGGAUUCACAGUAACAUCUGGGUAUGGACCAUGGGGUGGAUGGAGUGGUUUUAUGAAAUGUGGAUACUUGGGCUACGGAAGAGGAGAUGACACCGCAGCCAACUACGUAAAAUUCAGGUGUAAAGCUUUAAAUUGGUAUUGGCCUGGAUAUGAAAUUGGCGGAAGUGGUUUCUGGGGACACUUUAGUGGCUGGAGUACUUGUCCUCGUAGGACUGCAAUCUGUGGCUUACAGACAAGGGUAGAGGGACAACAAGGCAGUUCAGGGGAUGACACAGCCUUAAAUGAUGUCAUAUUCUUCUGUUGUAAAUAAAACUAAUAAAAUGAUAAAUUGCACUUA